AUCUGUUUUGAUGUAGCCUCUUCCCUCCAGCAGUAACAGCCAAAUGAAGAAGCGGCCAACAUCUGCAGUGGGCUACAAGAGGCCUAUCAGCCAGUAUGCUCGGGUUGCCAUGGCAAUGGGGUCCCACCCCAGGUACAGGGCUGAAAACAUCAUGUUUCUGGAGUUGGAUGUGUCCCCUCCAGCUGUCUUUGAGAUGGAAUUCUCUCAUGACCCAGAUCAAGACCCCCGUGCGCUACAUAUGGAGAGACUCAUGCGGUUGGACAGCUUUCUGGAAAGACCAUCCACGUCUAAAGUCCGAAAGUCCAGAUCCUGGUGCCAGAGUCCUCAGCGGCCCCCACCUUCCACCACACACGCCUCGCUGGCCUCCGCCGCUCUGCACCCCACGACAGUGCUAGACCACGAGUGACAGCCCUCAGCCAGGCUGCCCAUCCAGCGACUCCGGGGAUGGGGGCAGCCAACCCUGGACCAUCUCGCCUGCCGCUCGGUGUGCGUGUGUGUGUGUGUGUGCGUGUGCAUGUGUGUGUGCAUAGGUGUGAGGAGGGUAGAACCUGGCAGUCCGUGCCACUGCCAGCCCUUCUUAGCCUCCUUUAUUUAAUUAAUGUUAUUUAUUCGUGGAGCUGAGUUCGUGUGGGAGAGAUGCCCUCGCCUGAGCCUGCCGGGGUCACCGCCUAGCCUCCUUUUCUCUGACUUUAGACCCCCCUGCCCCAGUCACACCUCGGGCUCCUCCCUGUCACUUGCCCCCCAGAAGGAAGGCGUCCAGUACCUGAGAAGAGGGUACUUUUUCUACCUGGCUCUCUCCAUAAUCUCCAUCUCCUCCUAUGCUGACGGUGAGCAGCUCCUGAGCACUUUCUGGGACUAGAAAAAUGCCAGGUGACCACUGAGGACAAGAGACGUCUGUCCUGAUGGUGUUGAGCUUGUGCUCCCGGCGGAGAGAGCCCUGCUGGCCACCUUCUGGGCCUCAAACCUCUUUCGGCUUCUUGGGCUCCUUUUCAAGGACUUCAGUGACCUCAUCCACACAGCCCAUGCUGUUCAGCUUUGGCAAGAACUCAUAGCUUCCCAAACUGCUUCCUGCCCACCUUCCCAACUCAUGGAUGGGAAUUGUGAACUGAGCAGUUGCUGCCUCCUGGGGACCUGCAGGAAAUUGAACAGUCAUGGAGACAACAUGGACAGUCAUCAAGGGAAGUCCCUCUUCCGGGUCCCUUUGUUUCUGUCCCCUCUGAGAAGUAACUUUGGCCGACCAGCAGUCAGGCCAACUCCCCAUCUUCGAGAUGCUGCUCCUUCCUGCUUUUGUCAUUUUCCCUGCAGCUGCCAGGAUCCCAGUUCAGUGGGAGGGAUCAGUGUCAUUGUCCCCCUGGCUAAACAGACAUAUCGGAAUCUGUGGCUCUUCCCAUCAUUGAGAGCAGGAGAUGAAGACCCAGACACAGCCUGCCAACUCUGCCUAUCACCCCUGUUUCUGAAUCACGUUUGUUGGGCACUGUUUUGUUGAAAAGACCGACCCUUUCUUCAGUGUUGUGCAAAUUGGUCGCUAGGGAAGUACUCUUCACUUUCCUUUGUGACAUCCCAAGAUGUCUCCAGGUAUCUCGAGUAAAUUUCUACAAAAAAAGGAGAGAGAUUUAAUUUUCAUUGACUUAGUUUUUAAGUGUGUAUUUUGAUGGAAGGGUGGAGAGGUAAUCAUGAACAAAAACAAGUGGUUUAGGAUUUCAAAAUGCCCUAAUAGUGGGAGCCUCCAGUUCCUAGAAUACGAGGAGUUUAGGCAUAGGGGUAAAGGCAUGAAACUGACAGAUCCACCUGGAAUUUGGUGUGUGGAGUUGGCGAUGGGGUUCAAUUACCUGCUUGUUCUCUUUCCAUCAGGAAAUGAACCCUUCUUGCACAGUUCAAGUUCUGCUCUAAGGACCAAGCUAUGGUUUGGUUUAAUUCAAUGAUGCUGUCGUUUCUGCUGUAACUGCUAUGACAACUCAGUUACCACUUGCUCCUGUCCUUCAAGGAAAGAACAUUUUUCAUCAGAGCCCAAGAGAUUUUUUGAGACUCAGGAUUCAGAUCAGAGGUUCAGCUGUGGCUGGGACAGGAGUGGUGUGUAGAAGUCGCCCAGGUGGCCUGGGCGCAGAGGGACCUCCGAGCCUGCGUUGAGCAGCCUCUCCCACUGACCUCUUUCUCGUUUGUGGAUGAAGCUGCACGUGUUACCCCCGUUCAUCACUUGGGCACAUCGACUCUGCAUUUUCUGGUCACGUGACCCUCACAGUCUUAUUAUAGCACAAUAUACCCAACUUCCCCAUCCCCAGUCUGAGGGCUGGACCCAAGGUGUGGUCAGAGGAGGAGCUCCUGCCUGCAGUUUUGUGUACGUGUGUAUGUGUGUGCGUGUUUGUGUGUGUGUUUACCUCCACAGGGGACACUCUACACUCAGUGUAAGAUAUGCUGGGAACAGGGCCACUGGGGUGGCUGGAUCUCAGUCUCUCUGUCUCUGUCUCUCUCUCUUCUUUUCCUUUUGAUGUUUCGAACAUUUGAUUGACAAAGUGAGGGCCUUGGUUAGGACCAAAUUUCCAUGUCUGUUGCUAUGGUCUUUAUUUAGGACAAAAAUUAAUAAUGCAGUGGCCCAUCCUUGUCACUCUAAACACAUGACUAUACCGGACAUAUGUAAUAUAUAAAUAUAUAUAUAUAAAACAUUACCCUCUGUCUCCUUGGCUUAGGAUGAGAUUCUCUGUUGAGCUGAAGUGCACCUGCGGCCCAGUGCGUCCAGCAGCCCGCAGGCCCCAGCCCUGUUCAAAUUAACACAGUCGAUAAUAAAGGAAUGAGUAUCGUUACAGAA